AUGACAAAUGCAACCGAUAAAAUGGUUGUAGAGGAGAUUCUCUCCCUGAAAAACCCAGUUUUUUGCUCCUAUUUGAUCAGUUCCUGUUUCCUUGUUGUUAAAAUGAUUUUGUUGGCUUUUUUCACCGGAUAUAAACGAGCUGUGCAUAAAGCGUAUUUAUCGCCCGAAGAUGCGGAUUUUAACAAGGGUCAAGUGAAAACACACGAUGAAGUUGAACGGAUUCGAAGGGCGCACUUAAACGAUUUGGAAAACAUUCCGAUUUUUUGGACCAGCGCUUUUGCUUAUCUCUGGACUAAACCUUCGAUUACCGUUGCUUGUUUUCUUUAUUUUGGUUUCGUGGUAAUUCGGACUUUUCACACAAUAGUUUAUGCAUUUUUAGCCGCUCCUCAACCGACUCGUGCUAUUUUAUUCACUGCCGGUGUUGCAAUUGUAAUUUACAUGUCGAUACAUUCGAUAGUUGUAGGGUUUCAGAAUUUAGCUUAAUAAAUUUGAAUCAACAAAACAAUUUUUUAUUUCGUUAUAAAUACAAUAAUUUAAGGUUUGUGUGCGGAAUAGGCCAGAUUUUGG